AGUGAGAGCACACGGAUCGAUGACGUGGCAAAGAUUUUUGAAAUCCCGCCUAAACCCGGACUUCAAUUGUUUCCUGAUUCAAUUUUAAUUUUCUUUCCAACCCCUCUUCUUAUCUCUCCCUUUCCCCACACACAUCACACCAAGGCCAGCGUAUAUCUCUAUUAUUCCUGUCCCCUUAUCUCUCUCUAUCUCUCUUUCUACGAAGCCCUAACUCCACCAGGAUUCGCUAUGAAGGGAGGUAAAUCGAAGGCCGCUGAGGCGAAGAGAGCUGAUAGCAACGCUAGGCUUUCUGUGAAGAAGAAAGGUGCCGCUGCCGUCGGAAAAAAGACGGCUAAGAAGGAGAAGGCUGUAAAGGAUCCAAACAAGCCGAAGAGGCCUGCUAGUGCCUUCUUCGUUUUCAUGGAGGAGUUUAGGAAGCAGUACAAAGAAAAGCAUCCAGCCAAUAAAUCUGUGUCUGUUGUCGGUAAAGCUGGUGGUGAUAAAUGGAAAUCGUUGUCAGAAGCUGAGAAAGCGCCCUAUGUAGCAAAGGCAGAGAAAAGGAAAACUGAAUACAACAAGAGCAUGCAGGCCUACAACAAGAGAAUGGCUGAGGGACCGACUGCUGCUGAGGAGGAAGAGUCUGACAAAUCUAGGUCUGAGGUGAACGACGACGAGGAAGACGAGGAUGAGAGUGGAGAGGAAGAAGAUGAUGAAGAGUAGGGAACCAGCAGUGAAGGAUGUCAACAAGGGAGAUCUGCCAGUUGUGUAGGAUCGCUAGGAUAUCAUGACUCCCAUUUCUGAUAACUCUAUCAAGAUAAAUAGUUCUUUUUUUGUUUUUUUUUUUUUUUUUUUUUUUAUGAAAUUUCGGCUGCUCCCAUUUUAGGUGAAAGCUUAGUUUCAGGAGCGGCCUCGUUCAUAUGGCCAUGUACUCAUCUUUUCUUAAUGCUCAAUGAUUCAGCUAGGUUUUUCUGUCUCCUUGAA